CUUGUUCUGAAACCACGUACUAUAUCCGGUUGAUAUUAUUAAUUUUUGUGUUCGUGAGUGAAAAACAUCUGUUUGCCUGUAAAAGACAAAAUUAUUAGCUUUAUAUUGUUUUAAAAUAACUGCCAUGAUUCCAAAGUUAAUAACAACGGCUGUAGCUAGCAUUGUUUUAUUAUAUGUAUUAAACAUUUCUGGUAAACCUGUGGCACCAUCGAAACCGGUCGAAGCCAACUCGAAAGAUGAAGAAGUGGUAAAUAAUACUGGUUUAGAGUACGACAGAUAUUUACGAGAAGUUGUGUCCGUAUUAGAAGAAGAUGAUGAUUUCAGGAAAAAAUUAGAAGCAGCCAAUGUGUCGGAAAUUAAGGAUGGCAGUAUAGCUAGAAAUUUAGAAUUUGUAGGAAAUCACAUCAGAACCAAGUUAGAUGAAAUCAAGCGAAGAGAAGUCGAACGAUUACAGGAGUUAGCCAGGUUAAAAAUGAGGACAAUGAAGGGUACGCAAGUCUUGCAUAAUAUAGCCUAUCAUGGAGGAGCAAUAAAAGAUUUCAAGAUGCCCGGUCAUUUAGAUGUGAUGAACCCUCAUUCAUUUGAAAUGAAAGAUUUGGAACAUUUGAUUAAAAAGACGACAACCGAUCUGGAAGAAUUAGAUAAACAACGACGUGAAGAAUUUAAAGAAUAUGAAAUGGAGAAACAGUACGAAGAAAAAGAGAAAUUAAGUCAUUUAUCACCCGAGGAACAGAAGAAAGAACAAGCACGUUUAGAAGAAUUAAAAAAGAAACAUGGAAAACAUGAAAAAGUUAAUCACCCGGCCAGUAAAGAUCAAUUUGAGGAAGUUUGGGAAAAUCAGGAUCAUUUAGAUAAAGAAGAUUUUGAACCUAGAACAUUUUUCAACUUACAUGAUACUAAUAGUGAUGGUGUUUGGACUAUAAAUGAAGUUGAGGCUCUCUUACAAGUAGAGUUAGAUAAAGUGUACGGAGAGAAAGAUCAAGAAGAAGAUGACCCGAUUGAAAGAAGCGAAGAAAUGAAUCGAAUGAGAGAACAUAUUUUUACGGAGAUUGAUCAAGAUCGUAACUUUAUGAUUACUCAGGAAGAAUUCUUGGCGUACACCGGACCAAAGGGAGAAAAUAAACAAUUUGAAGAAAAUGAUGAAUGGAAGACGCUCGAUAACGAGGAAUUAUUCGAUGAUAAAGAAUAUCAAGAUUUUAUGAACGAGCAUCAUCGUCAACAACAACAACAACAAUUAAACGAGGAACAUGAGGGCUAUGGUUAUGAUGAUCGUGAUAGCGAACAUGAGGAUGUACAUCCAAACGUGCAGAAUAUGCAGAUUCCUCCUGGUAGUCCACAAGAUCUUCAUUUACAACAACAGCAGCAAAUAUUAGCAGCUCAGCAGCAACAACUGCAUCAGCAACAACAAGCUCAGUUUGCUCAGCAGCAAGCCCAACAACAUCUACAACAACAACAAGCCCAAUUUGCUCAGCAGCAAGCCCAACAACAAUUUGCUGCUGCCCAGCAACAACAGCUACAUCAACAGGGUCAGGGUAUACAACAGCAGGGUGUUCCAGCCCAAGGAAUGCAAGGGUCUCCAGUCCAACAACAAGGUUUACAUGGACAACAACCACCUGUUCAACAACAACAACAACAACAGGUCCCUGUUCAACAACAAGGUGUACCAGUACAACAACAACAAGGUGUACCAGUACAACAACAACAAGUCCCUGUACAACAACAACAACAGCAACAGCAAGCCCCUGUGCAACAACAGCAACAGCAGGUUCCUGUCCAGCAACAACAGCAACAGCAGGUCCCUGUCCAGCAACAACAAGUCCCUGUUCAAAAUGCUCAGCCAAAUCAAGGUCAUCCUAAUCAAGUCUAGAAACUCUUAAUCCUUAAUCAUCUACAUGGAAGAUCUGAAAACAAAAACAAUUAAAACCAAAAUGAACAAGAAAAAACAAAAUUCAAAUUGAAAGUAGUACAAAUUGAAAGUAGUACAAAUAUUUUGUGUAAUUUGGCCGAUUAGAUAUAUAUUCAUAAUGUAAACAGGGUAAGUGCCAAAUAAGUUUCUGAGACUUGGUAAAAUUUUACUCAAGUUUAAUCAGCCCUUAAUUCAUUAAAUUCAGGGUGUUUUACGUUAAACUUUGAGUAAAAAUUAAAUAUGAACACAACUUACCUAACCUUUGCUAAGGGGGCCAAGAUACCGUAAUAGUACCGGUAUUCAGUUUUCUGAAAUUUAAAUUCUUUGUCACAAUUUCCAUUUCAAAUUAUUAUAAAUGACAUAUACAUGUAUAUUGAAGGCAAAAAAUGGAUUGUUCUUUGUAUGAACUUUUCUUGUUAAAGAUGUUUGGGAAUGGUAACAAUUAAUAACCUCAAAGGGAGAUAACUGACCCUUUUCUUUCCUUGGAGUUCCAGAUGUUUUUUCUUCGUUUCUGUUUUCAAAACUCUGAUAUACUUCAAAUAUAUUUACUAUAUUUUAUUUAAUAAUGCUUGAAUUAUUUAUUUGAUGUAAUAGCAGCCCUGCCCUCGUUGUAAAGUUUAUUUAAAUCAGUUAUAAAUGUAAAUUUAGCGAUAUAGAUGCAUGAGUCUUUCAUGAAAUAUAAAUGAUUGUUUUUCAUCAUUUUUUGAUUUCACACCGUAUUCCAUUUGCAUGCAUUAUUUAGAAAUUAACUUCCAAUUUUAUCUUUGAGACGUUGUCGUGGUUUUUUUUUAAGAACUAUCGUCACAGUUUAUCAUGAGGAAUGUAUUUAUAAAGGAUUAUGUUUUUCCCCCAUUAUACUGGAUAACCAUCUCUAUAGAUAAUAAUAGUCGUGAUUAUCAAGUCAUUCAUAUUUUAUCAAGUUAAGUACAUCCAGCAAUCAUUUCCGACGAUCUCAUUUUAUUGAGAGGAAAUUUUUUUGUGUACUUAACCUCAUGUACUGAUAUAGCUACAAGCUUAGACAACAGGCACCUGUCAAAGACCUUGUCAGAAACAAAUUAUGAUAUAUUUAUUUUGCUGGCCGAAUGGUUAGAGUGUGUGGGUGUUGUAUCAUAAGGUCUGUCAUUGAUUCAACUGGUGUGGUUUCGAUUCCCCGGUUGUACAUGACAAGGAGUAGGGUAGCCUGUCCAAUCUCGUGGGUUUUCUCUGGGUGCUCCUGUUUCUUCCCACUGCUAAAGACCCCUACGCGCAAAUGACCUAGUUUGUGUCAAGUGGAAAUUAAACGAGUAGGGUAGCCUGAUCAACCUCAUGGGAUUUCUCCGGGUCCUCUGGUUUCCUUGCUCCUACUGCUCAAAACUCCUACACACAAGCAAAUUAAUGAAAUAAAAUUGAACCAUAUGUUAGUCCCAAAAUUACCUAGUUUGUGUCGAGUGGAUGUUGUACCCCCUCCCCUCUCUCUCUUUCUAUUUGGAAACAUAGUUUGGUUUCGAUUCCCCGGUUGUACGUGACAAGGAGUAGGUCAAAACCUCGUGGGUUUCCUCCGGGUCUUCUCCCACUGCUAAAGACCCCAUACGAGCAAGCGAAUUAUUGAAAUAAAAUUGAACCAUAUGUUAGUCGUGAAAUGACCUAAUUUGUGUCGAGUGGAGGUUAAACUCUCUGUCUCUCCAUGGUGCCUGUUGUCCAGGUUUGUAGCUAUUACUACUCUUUCUCCAUUGAAUUACAAGGUAAUCCUAUCCUUUUGUAUAUUUUGUUUCCUUUUGAUUCUUGUAAAAAUAUCAAAUCUUAAUGAAUUGUUGUAUUUAGUCAUUUGUCUUAGGCUUCAGUUUUAUUGUUUAAAAGUAGAUUUACCUCAGAGUUAUACAUUCUCUUUAAAACUUAUUUUACUUAAUCAUUUUCUUGGGGGAGAUGCCCUUAUAAAAAAAGGCUAAGGGCCUAAGGCUCCACUAGUUCAAGUAUUUAAGUACAGUCGACAAUUGUGCAUCGAUUUUUGUCACAUUUUCAAGAUGGUGGUGAUGACAUCAUAUUCGUUGCCUGCUCCAUAUAAUACCAUGGUGCUUGUUUUUCUAACUUUAACCUUUUUAACCGUGGAAAAUAGAUUAGUGUCAGACAUUAGGUCUUCUAUUGUGAAAUAAUAUACAAAUUCUAAUUAAUUCAUUGAAAUUAAUUUUAAUUUGUCAUUUGAAUCAAAAUUCUAGAGAAGCCAAGGGUGAUAAUCCAUAAAUCAAACAGGAGUUGUCUUUCCAUUACAAUUAAAUAAAUUUAUUUUAUAGAUAGGUAAUCUCUUUCACCACCCAGGAAUUGAACCUUAACCCUCAGUGAGUGUGUUUAACUCCUGCCAGGGUUUGAACCUUGACCAUCAGUGUGGAAGACGUAGACGUCAGAACCAUCGAGAUAAUCUGGCAAACUGCGAUCACGGUAACCAUUUUGUUAGUCAGUCUGUAAGUUUAAGAGAUCAACAUUAGAACUGAACAGAUAUAAAAUAAUAAGUGUUCAGUGUAAACAAAAGGAAUGAUAUUUCUGUAUAAGAUAUAUCAGGCAACUGUGUAAGAUACAGUGGGCCAGUCACAUGAUCUGUGUAAGAUACAGUGGGCCAGUCACAUGAUCUGUGUAAGAUACAGUGGGCCAGUCACAUGAUCUGUGUAAGAUACAGUGGGCCAGUCACAUGAUCUGUGUAAGAUACAGUGGGCCAGUCACAUGAUCUGUGUAAGAUACAGUGUGUCAGUCACAUGAUCUGUAUAAGAUACAGUGGGUCAAUCACAUGAUCUGUGUAAGAUACAGUCGACCAGUCACAUGAUCUGUAUAAGAUACAGUGGGCCAGUCACAUGAUUAGACAAUGACAAUUGAGUAAAUAGUUGGCUGGACUACUUCCAUAUAUGGUUCUGGUACACUCUAUCCUUUCAGUCAUAAGGGCCCACUGCUUUUUAUAAGGCUGUUUGUUAAAUAUCUUUUAGCACAUUAAAAUAGACAUCAGUCUUAAAGGAGAAAUAAAGCUGUUUGUUAAAUAUCUUAAUAUAAACUUUAUAGUAAUAGAACCCAUCAUUCUUAAAGGAGAACUCUAGCUGUUGGCAUUUUAUUGAAUAAUGCAUUUAUUUAAUUAUGUACUAUCAGUCUCAAAAAUGUAAAACCGAAAGUAGAAACCAUUUCAACUUUAAAUAGCAGAUAUUGACACCAGCCGUCUCAGUUAUUUAGAUGGUUAGCGUCUUUAUUCGUUAAUUAUAGUUGAAAUGAUUUGUUACUUUGCUUUGUGUAUUUUUGAAUAGAAACGAUUGGUAAUGACUGCGGUUUUCCUUUAAUGAACUACCGAAAUUUAUUAAUUGGAAAAUGAAUAAGAAAAAUAGUGCUAUCAUUUUUCACUUUUUUUUAUUUCAUACUGGGUUAUAAAAAUUCAUUUUAAAUUCUCCAUUCCAUUGUAAAAAUUGGCAGUUAGAAAUUAUUUUAAACUUGUAAUUUUUUUUUUAUGUUUUUUUUUGCCAGCUUUACAUUAUUAUAAGUUUGUAAAUAUUAAAAUUGUGUAUAUUUAAGAUGUCCAGUUUUGUGUAUUGUUGGAAAGUGGGAUAUUUAACAUAUUAUUUUAUUAAAUUGUGUCUUUUUCUUUUUGUGUAGGUGUCAAAUUGUAAAAUAUAGUCUCUUAUUUAUCUUUUCAUUUCUCAAUCGCUAGAAUACAUUUUUUUUUUAAAAAGAAAUCUAGGUGAAUUAUUAAGCUGCUAUUUAUGGCUAGUUUCAUCUGUUCAAUUUCUAGCUUAAUUCUUAUGAAAAACUAUUUUGUUUGUCUGCCAGAGGAGAGACACAUAUAGUUAUAUAUUUGAUGUUGAGGGAAUCAACCGUAGGCCCGUAGUCCCCCCCCCCCCCCCGAAAAAAAGUUUCCCGACCAUAGCUCUAAAAUACCUACUGUAGACUGUGUCGGGUGUGCCCCCCCCCCCUAAAAACCUCACUGCCCCUCCGAAGCUAGCAAGCUGGCUACGGGCCUGAUCAAGGGAUAUAUUUUGUGUGUACUAUAAACAAUUAUAUUAUAACUAAUUAAAUGUGUCUCAGAAGACAGAAAAAUGCCAAAAAAUAAAAAGGUUUGGUACUUAGAUUUUAUGUCUUGUAGUUCAAAAAUAAAUAGUCUCGAUUAUCUAGUCUGUUGGUUUAAAUCUAAUGUCAUGUUUGCAAGGGGUAGAUAAUUUUGUUUGAUUUUGUAAACCUGCUUGUCUUCUUUAAACCCUGUUUGUUGCAGCUUUUUCCAUGGAAAAAAAAUCACCAAAUAUAUUUUAGACCUUUGACCAUAUCAGAAAAUUUAGAUUUUAUUUUGUCGAGUAGAAAGAAAACUGUCCGAGAAUGAGUAGUCUUGCUUCUCGACCAGAUGCAGGAAUAUGUAAAAUACAGAAUAUAGGAAAAUGUUGUAAAAAAUUCUCUACUUGUAUCAAUAUUUGUAGAAAAUAUGAAAUGGCUAGGUCUCUUUGAUUUGGUUGACAAUAAAAUUGUUGAUUUGUUUUGAAUACAAUUCAAAGGACUUGUCUUCAUUGGAGCAGAAGAUUAGGACGUUAAUCCCCAUUUUAUUUCAUUUCACAAUUUAAAGGCAUGGUAAAGAUAGAAUCCAAAAACUGUCAGUGUAAAGGACCUGUCUUUAUUAGCCUGACGUCAUAGGGUCAAAAGCCGCUCGCUUUACCCCUGAUGCGACCUACCACUACAACUGGUUAUAGAUCUUUAUGUAGUGCAGGUCAUCGAAAGUAUAUAAAAAACCAAACGAAAUAGAGGGUUAGUUAUCCUAUAGUUGUCAUCUAUGAGUUUCUUCCUAAUCUAAAACUGCUGGCCGUCAUUUCAGGAAUUUCUUUCCAAAUGCAAUAUUGUGAAGGCUGAGUCCCUAAAUAUUCAUUGAAUUUCUUUCCAACUUACUUCAAUUUUGUGAAAGCUGGGUCCAAAAAAGGAAUAUCAGUACAAAAAUAUUCAGUAUUUACAAAGAUAUGAAGAACUGAAUAUUUUGCAAAACAUUCUGCGUUCUCUGCCGACAAUGUUUGGGCAAAAUAUACUAAUGUCCAAAAGAAAGUAUACACACUAAAAAUAUGACUAAGUUUUGUUUAAAUUAAAAAAUGUGAUAAAACUACACUGAACAUGUCUCGUGCGUCCAAACUCAGUAUUUCUAAGCAAAUAAAUGGCAAAACAAAUUGACAUGGUACCCAAAUACCGCAUACAAUGGAAAAAUGCACAGCGUAUACUUUCUUUUGAACAUUAGUACAUUUUGAUCGGCCGCCAUUUUUUGUAAUCGGAUUGAAUCCAAUCUCGGAGAUUAUCUGCUGUUGAUAUCUUGGUUGCCUUAAUUAAAUGUCAAAUAGUCGAAUUCAGUAGAUUUUUAGCGCCGGAUUAAAUUUUGUUCGAAAAAUGCAAAUGACGAUCCGUGACUUUAGAAGGUAAAUGUAGUUAUAUGAUUAUAUUGUAAAAAUAGAAUAAAGUAAAUUAUUUUAUUGUUGAUGGAGAUCUAAAACUUUUAUAAAUAAAUCUUCUUUAUUAUUAUAA